CCCUAUUCCAAGCGGCUAGAGCAAUCAAACCCGCAGUCAUGGAUUAUUAGUGAUUUAACCGCCAACGCGUUUUCGGCGCUUGGCUACUGCUGCCUGGGGAGACUUCUCUCCUAGCGCUGGAGGUUCCAUUUUUUUUAUUCUCUUUAUCAGUAAACUCUCCCAGAGGAGGGAUGGGGGCCGCGAGGGGUCAGAAAAGUGUAAGUUGAGUCGUGCGCGGAGCACUGACAGGAGUGAGAGGUGCUGCACGCCAGCCAGAGGCAGAGAGAGCACCGGGCAGUCCCCUGCCCCGACAGGUGUUCCUCCGCCCAGCCCGGCACUCUGACACGGGUCCCCCUCCCCUCUGCCCGGCACUCAGCCUGACAGGAGUUCCCUCUCCCGGACCCAGAGCAGCCGGCUUCCCAGCCCUCCCCCAUAAGCCGGGACUGGCAGGAGUUUGUCACCUUCUCCCUGCCGGACGCCGCACUGUCCGGAGCUCCGGAUCCCCCAGCAGAUCACGUCUCUGAUCACCAAGUGAAGACUGGGAACAUGUUUGUUUCAUUUUAAAAACUUGAGCAUGGUUUGUGCCACAAAUAUUAAAGGUGCAGGGCUUCCAGCCAAACAUACGUUCCAUGUAGCAUGAUCCAAACCUGGGGCUGAAGGGAGAGGUUACCAUCCCAUCCAAGAUGCGGAAGGGGCAACUCAAGGAUCCAGACAUAGAAGACCUCUUCUGCAAGGAGGAUCCAGAGACUGUGUUUCUAGAUCUGCAUGAAAUUGGACAUGGCAGCUUUGGAGCGGUUUACUUUGCCACAAACGCAACAACUAAUGAAGUGGUGGCUGUUAAGAAAAUGUCCUACAGUGGAAAACAAAUGAAUGAGAAAUGGCAGGACAUAAUCAAGGAGGUGAAGUUUCUGCAGCAGCUGAAACACCCGAACACAAUAGAGUACAAGGGAUGCUAUUUAAAAGAGCACACAGCAUGGCUGGUAAUGGAAUAUUGCCUGGGAUCUGCAUCAGAUUUGCUAGAGGUUCAUAAAAAGCCGCUUCAGGAAGUGGAAAUAGCUGCCAUUACUCAUGGUGCCUUGCAGGGGCUGGCCUAUCUGCAUUCCCGCAAUAUGAUUCACAGGGAUAUUAAAGCUGGAAAUAUCCUGCUUACUGAGCCCGGUCAGGUCAAAUUAGCAGAUUUUGGAUCUGCCUCUAUAACCUCACCUGCCAACUCCUUCGUGGGAACCCCAUACUGGAUGGCCCCAGAAGUUAUUUUAGCAAUGGAUGAGGGGCAAUAUGAAGGGAUGGUUGAUAUUUGGUCCCUUGGUAUCACUUGCAUUGAAUUAGCUGAAAGGAAGCCUCCACUAUUCAAUAUGAACGCAAUGAGUGCCUUAUAUCACAUAGCCCAGAAUGAGUCCCCUACACUACAGUCUAAUGAAUGGACGGACUCUUUCCGGGGAUUUGUGGACUACUGUUUGCAGAAAAUACCUCAGGAACGUCCCACAUCAGAAGAGCUGUUGAAGCAUGACUUUGUGCGGAGGGAGAGGCCAACACGAGUCCUUCUAGAUCUGAUCCAAAGGACUAAGGAUGCUGUGAGAGAGUUGGAUAAUUUACAAUAUAGAAAAAUGAAAAAAAUACUCUUCCAGGAGUCCCGUAAUGGCCCAUUGAAUGAGUCUCAAGAAGAUGAUGAGGACAGCGAGCAUGGGACCAACCUGCCCAGAAAGAUGGACAGCCUUGGCAGCAACCAUUCCAUACCGAGUAUGUCAGUCAGCACGGGUAGCCAGAACAGCAGUGUGAACAGCAUGCAAGAGGUAAUGGACAUGAGCCCAGACCUGAUCAUGAUGCCAAGUUAUAGCUGCAGUUAUGAUUCCACCUCUUCUUUGGUUCCCAAAAAGGAUCAUGCAUUCAUAAGUGAUGAGGCGGACCACAGGGAUCCCAGGCCUGAGCUGCGGCCUACCCAGUCAGUGCAAAGUCAGGCACUUCAUUACCGGACCCGCGAGCGAUUCGCUACAAUCAAAUCAGCAUCUUUGGUUACAAGGCAGAUCCAUGAGCAUGAGCAGGAGAACGAGUUGCGGGAACAGAUGUCAGGAUAUAAGCGGAUGCGGCGCCAGCACCAGAAGCAGCUGAUCGCCCUGGAGAAUAAGCUGAAGGCUGAGAUGGACGAGCACCGCCUUAAGCUGCAGAAGGAGGUGGAGACUCAUGCCAACAACUCGUCCAUCGAGCUGGAAAAGCUUUCCAAGAGGCAAAUCGUAGGCAUGGAUAAAGAGGCAAAGGUGGCUGCAGCGGAUGAAAGGAGAUUUCAGCAACAGAUCGUAGCCCAACAAAAGAAAGACUUAACAUCCUUCUUAGAAAGUCAGAAAAAGCAGUACAAGAUUUGCAAGGAAAAGAUUAAAGAGGAGAUGAAUGAGGACCACAGCACGCCCAAGAAAGAAAAACAGGAACGCAUAUCAAAGCAUAAAGAGAACCUCCAGCACACUCAGGCUGAGGAGGAAGCUCAACUCCUUAGCCAGCAGAGACUGUACUAUGAGAAAAACUGCCGACUCUUCAAGAGGAAGAUAAUGAUUAAAAGGCAUGAAGUUGAGCAGCAGCACAUACGUGAGGAGCUCAAUAAAAAGCGAACCCAGAAAGAAAUGGAGCAUGCCAUGCUAAUCCGGCAUGACGAGUCCACUCGGGAGCUGGAGUACCGGCAGCUGCACAUGUUGCAGAAGCUUCGGAUGGACCUUAUACGUCUGCAGCAUCAAACUGAACUGGAAAACCAGUUAGAAUACAACAAGCGCAGGGAAAGGGAGUUGCAUCGGAAACAUGUGAUGGAACUCCGGCAGCAACCCAAGAAUCUGAAGGUAAUGGAAAUGCAGAUAAAGAAACAGUUUCAGGACACAUGCAAAGUGCAGACAAAGCAGUACAAGGCCCUGAAGAAUCACCAGCUGGAGGUAUCCCCAAAGUGUGAGCACAAGACAAUACUCAAGUCCCUGAAGGACGAGCAGACACGCAAAUUGGCUAUCCUAGCGGAGCAGUAUGAGCAAAGCAUCAACGAGAUGAUGGCCAACCAGGCGCUGCGCUUGGAUGAGGCGCAAGAAGCAGAAUGCCAGGCUCUUAGGCAACAGCUUCAACAAGAGAUGGAGCUGCUCAAUGCCUACCAGAGCAAGAUCAAGAUGCAGACGGAGGCACAGCAUGAGCGUGAGCUGCAGAAAUUGGAGCAGAGGGUGUCCCUUCGCAGAGCGCACCUGGAACAGAAGAUUGAAGAGGAGUUGGCUGCCCUUCAGAAGGAGCGCAGCGAGAGGAUCAAGCAUUUAUUUGAACGCCAGGAAAGAGAAAUUGAAACCUUUGAUAUGGAAAGUUUACGGAUGGGCUUUGGAAAUCUGGUGACGUUAGAAUAUCCCAAGGAGGACUAUAGAUGAGAGAGGCCAGUUUUUGCCAUUUAAAUAAAAGAACAAUAAUAAUAUUAACAAUGACAGCAAGGAGAACCUGCAAAACGUACAUUCCCCAUUUUAACGGGCGUGCUCUCUCUCUCGUCUCUCCCUCUUUUUCUCUCUUUCUCUCUCUCUAUCUCUCUUAUCUAUCUCUGACGUCCGUUGGACACUAGUGCCUGUAAUUCUUUUUACUCACCAGGGUGCCUCUGGGCAAAUCUGAGCACGGAGCAAGCUCCCUGGCAUACCUCUCAAGUGUCCCUGAUUGUCAGUCAAAUUUUCAAUCCAUCAGAACAUUGGUGCUUGUUAUACAAACCGAAGAUUCAAACAGCGGGAAGAAGUCUUGAAGUAACAAUUGUGUUUUGUGUCGAAACUCUUCCUUUAUUCAUAACCCCUUUUGUGGAAAGAGAUAACUUGAUUAUUCAAAGUUUUGUCCAUGAUGUUCCUUGGGGAAGAUGGUGAGAGGUAUGUGCUUUUAUCUCGGUGUUGAGGAAUGGGAGGUAUGUAUCUUCUAUGCCUCUCUGGGAGGGCUUGUGAGAGUUAUGUGUCUAUUGGCCUGUCUUUGGAAGAAGGUGAGAAGUAUGUAUCCCUGGUGUCUCUGAGUAUGGGGUGAGAGCUAUGUGUUCACAAUUCCUCUGCUGGGACAAAACGAUGUUCGUCCUGCAGUGUGGUGAAAGAUUAGCCCUUUAUUACUUUGUGGAAGAUGGCUGCCCACAAUUUUAGUCGGUUUCAUUACCCAUGAUGCACAACAGUCGUCAAAGUCUGUGAUUAACCCCUUCAGCCCUGAGCCAGUUUAGUGACGGUGUUUAAAUAAGAUCCGGUGAUGACUUUUACCUUGCAUAAGAGUGGGGUCAUUCUUGGCACUUUCAGAAGUUUGGUUACCCAUGAACUUACCACCUCUGUUGUACUGGGUCAGUAUCCAGUGAUGGCAAACCGUCCAAUCUUCUAAAGUGCCUUACACUUAAAACUAAAACUCAGGGAUGAAGAGAUUAAUUUAUCGAUGUUCAAUAACACAUCUUGAGAGACUAGAGAGAAAAGAGGAGAUAAACUACAAACCAACACACGUGAAUAUCUGUUGGUUACUACAAACAUUUUAUUCUGUUAAAGUACAAGCAAAAAAUAUAUAUAUACAAUUUAAUACAUAAGAGAGAGAGAAGCAUAAAACUGCAGCCUUAAGGUUACUGCUGCUGCGUUAAACGUUGUUUUUUUGGUAUUUGUUCGUCAGGAAUAAAAAAAGAAGAGAUUUUAUUAAACUAUUGAGGUUUGAUACAUUUUACAGAAACCAAUCAUGUUGUAUAUAUAUAUAGACAUAUUGUGGGGCGGGUUGGGAGAAGCAGAACUUGGGGGAGGGUUGUUUGGGCAGAUGGGGUGGGUAGAAUGUCUUGUGAAAUUUUAUUUUUUAUUUGGGUUUUUUUUUUUUACUUUUGUUUUUUUUGUGUUUUUUCUUUUUGAAGACUUAAGCUGGCAGGAGCAGAAAUUGACUUUGAAUUUUCAUUGCACUUUUGGCUCUAAAUCAGUGGUACUUUCUACUCCAGUCCUGGUUUUCUUCUAUGUAUAUACCACAUGUAUUCUUUACUGACAUAAGGCAGCUGGAAAAUUAAGACCAAAAGACACUAUUUACUCAAUGAGUUUGGCACUUAUAUAGUGCCAAAGGAUAACUAUACUUUUGCAAUAUAUUGCUGAUGUAUACCAGGAUAUAAAAAGGAAAAAAUGUUUAUUUACACUGUGUAUAUGGUAAUACAGCAGUUUUGAAAUUUGUAAGAUUUGCGAUUGUAUUUUUCAGCUCUCUUGUCCAAUACCUUUAAUGGGUUGUGUAUUAAGAGUGUCCCUGCCUGAGCACACGUGAGUGAAUUCCUGUUCACAGGCAUGGACAUACCAUCUAUAAACUGCACUUGAAAAGUGUUUUUAAGAAAAAAUUUAAAAAUAAUUUCUUCCUUAGUAUUGAUUUAAAAAAUUGUGAAUUUUAAUUUUCAUAUAUUUACAAAUUGUGAAUUUGCCUCUGCAGUUAAAUUUUGUAUAUUCCCCAUUCCAACCUCCAUAUCUCCUUGAUCCUGAGCUUGGAAGGAAGUACCUUUCUUGAGAGCAAAUUGCUUGUUCAUUACUAGGUGUAGUCCACCACUAUAUUCAUUAACUAGCAAUCAUCUUUAAAGCCUAUGAGGGCAAGAGUUGGGGAGGUUCAGGGUUUUGUUUGUUUAGUUUUUUUUCUUUUAUUAUUAUUUUUUUUAAUUAUUUAUUUAGUUUUUAUUCCCAAUCUUGGGAGGGGGGCAUUACAAUUUAAUAGGCGAUGGCUGUGAUGUACUGAGUCAGUGUUUCCUCAAAGAGCAACAUUUCAAGACAUUCAUAAAAAGUCACAUAAAGAAAUAUGAAAAAAAUGAAAACAUCUUUUAGAGAGAGAAUAUUUUUGAUUCUGAAAAGUCUGUAUAAUAUUGAUGUUAGACAAGUAAUGUAUUGUAUAUGUACAAGAAUAUUAUAAAAAAAAAUCAAACAUUGCGGAGUAUUUUUUGGCAAAAGUUAAUGAUUUAGAGACUUUAUUUUUAAGAUUUGAAGCUGGAAAGUAUCUAUACAAAAGCUCAAUGAGUAACGUUUAAACAGGUUUUUGUUUGUUUUAUUUAUUUUCUGUAGACAACGUUAAGAAUUCUGUCCAACGUGGCAUUUUCUGGGUAAAGUAACCCAAUUGUAACUCUGCUCUGUUUGGAUUUUAAUGUCAUUCAUACUACACAUUUUUAAUUCCUUAUGUCUGCUCUGGCUUAGUACAUCUUGGUCCUCAUUUAUUAGAAGGGGAAGAGUCCUCUGAAAAUAAGAUGUUUUGGUACAUAUGAUUCACUAAAUUAUACACAGAAUUGUCUGUGUUCUUCCUGGAUACAUGUAGCCGUAUGUUCAUGUGCAGACAUAUUGUUCUUUUCACUUGAAAAUGGAAAGUGUACAAAUGUAAAACUCCUUAUAUUUGAUUUUUAUUUUGUGAUUAAUGACUUCAUGGUAAAUGCAUUGAGUUCAUAAAAUGAAUCUAUUAUCAGAAUAUUUUAUAUGGAAAUAUGUCCAUUAUAUUGAUGAUGAUUAUUGGACACCAAAGCCAGUAUCUUGGGGGGGGGAAAUCAAAUUGUUUUCAUCAUUUAAGUGCAUCAUUGUAAUGAUGAGGAACCUGAAAUUAAGGUAAAGCAUAUACAAUAUUUUGCAGUAUUUAGUUUUUGGGAAUUGGCACAAUAAUACUAAAUAAACCUGAAAAUUGAUACAGAUUGAUUUAUUUGUGCUAUCUGAAAUAUUUGCGGAAACGCUGGGAAGUUCUGGACCAACAUAAAAAGGAAAAAAAUAACAUUUGGUGGUGAUUUGUGUAUGAUAAGGUUUUGUCUUAAACUGGGUGCAAUAUUUAUAGAAAUCGCAUCGGAGCUGGAAAAGAAAUGUAAAACCAGGACUGGGUACAUUAACCUGUGUAUUGGGAGUGAUUUACACUUUUUUCCAGUGCAUGGUUUCAUGCACCUAUAGUAUAUUCCUCUGCAACGUUACCUAAGCUGUGCUGAUUUGGUUCCCACUCUCUUUUUGGAACAAUACGAUACCUUUUGUGGCUGCAGGCUUUUCACCAAAUCCCAAGCAACUCUAAAUUGUUAAUUACAUUAUAUGAAUAAUGGUACUGUAGUUUAUGUUGCUGCUAUUGGGAUAGGUGACUAGUUUUCACUAUAGCAAACAUAGUAAAAUACUGCUGUAUGAAUCUGCUCUGAAAUAAAGGUGCUAAUAUUAGGUGGAAGAAUGAUUGAUUGUUUUUGCACACAUUGAAGAUUAACCUACGAGGCAUUUAGCUGGCAUUGUUUGAAAUGUUUAUAUAUUAUCACAUACUGCUGAAUUUUUGCUAUCUAGUACGUAAAGGAAUUUGCAGUAACAUGCCGUGUUUUGUACUGAAGUAGACCCUUCAAUGUUGAUGCUCUUUUUAUCUAGCAGUAAAAUGUUGUUUUUGUUUUUUGAGUCCUAUUGGCAGUCUAUUCUUUCCAGGGAUUUGUUUACAUAUAUAAUAUUGAAUGGUGAAUGAAUGGAUUGCGAUCUACUGAUAACUAUCCAUUGAAGUAGAAUGUAUAUCCCUGAUUUCUCCAAAGACUUUUUAGUUUACUUUUACUAUGUUAGCGGUCACAAGAAAUGCAGCACCUGUGAAUACUGUACAGUGGUGGAGGUCUGUGCUGUUCCAGUAAUUAUCUGGCCACCACAUUAAGUGUGAAUGUGGUUUCCAUUAUUUGAAGGUUUUCAUUACUAUGCAUUGUGUGUUAAAAUAAUUCUGCUCCGAGGGGCAGAUGUUGUGCCGAAAGACCUAGCACCUUGUACUGCUCAUCAAACUAAAUGAAGGAGGGUUUAUUUGUGCUCGCAUUAGUAGAUUAUUGCACUUGCUGGUUGAAUAGUAUGGCUCUAAUUUGCUGUGAAGUUGUUUUAUACUAAAAGAACCUUACAAAGGUGUCUUUGUGAGUUACAAUGGGCAGAUCCCUCACUGUUUUGUAUAUGCUGUACAUAUUCUCAUUACAUGCCUCUAGAGCAGUGCAGACAGCAGUGUUCAGGGGUUGUGAUGGUGCUUAUUACCUGUAUGGUCUGCAGCCUCAAAAAUCUAGAAACAAAAAUAUAGUAAUUUUUACGCUUGUGGCCAAGCCUCUUUGCGUAUGCUUCUACAACACAGCAUAAAAAUGCUGUUCUGUGAAACUACUCUGCUAUUGAAUUGGACAGAGAGUGGACUCUGAAUAAGCACAGCCCAUUCAAAGCAAUGAUCUGCUCCACUGGUUUUGCUGCUGUAACAGUUGUUAAGCAGAGGAUGUGCACACAGCAUCCCAGAGCCCACUGUCCCACUAGCACAAAACCCACACAGGGACUGUGGCCAAAAAUUAUGUAUUUUCUGUAUAGAAUGAAUUUAAGGAGAGAUUUUACAUAUUUUCUUAUUGUAAUUUAACAGCUGUUUCUCAAAUCCGAAAACUAACCUUUAUAUCUCUCUCCCUGUUUGUUUACGUUGUAGAUUAUUAUUUUUUAUUUUUUUUAUUUGGGGGGGGGGGGUUAUUUUUGACAAUGGUGGAGAGGGGUUCUUUUCCAGUUCAGUAUUUAAAGAUGAGAAAUCCUAACACAAUCAGCCCAUUUUUUUAUAUCUUUUUUGUCCUCUGCCCUGUCCCCUCCUGUCUUUUUGGUCUUUUAAAUAUUACAUUAUCCACGUUUUCAAGCUGUGUAUUUUCUUACAAUAAAAAGAAAACGUUUAAAAAAAUCGAUGAGCGAAAACAAAGGCUUUUAAUUCUUUUUUGCAUGCACUUUAAAAAAAACUGCGUUUCAGGUCCUUGGUGAGGGGGGAGCAGGUGUGACUCACUGUCGGAGAUAUUUUAGUAUAUUUGUAAAUAAAAAAUGUUCAUCAUC